GCGGGUCCCCGCUCUCGGAGCUGCGAUUAGCGGGCCCCAGAAUUUUUUUUGGCGACGAGUCGGGCGGUGACAAGGGCCCGAGAAUAAGUCGGACGACAUUCUCAUUGCUCCUUUCCAAAGUCGUUCAAGAACAAUUGUCCACUCCGUUCGCUCCGUUGUAGAGUCCCGUGCCGUCGGCUUUGCCUUGUUUGGGUCAAUUCAAGCGUGCUGUCCCUAUCUCGCUUGGAGUCUCGGUCCUCGGUCCUUGGUUUUAGACAUAUAAAUAAAAACUACACACGGCAAGAUGUCUCCUCCGAUGGCUGCCGCGCGGGAGAAGGAGUCAAAUCUGGCGAGGUUGUUGGGGUCUGGCUCCGCCGGUAUCGCCGAGCUGGCCAUCUUUCAUCCCGUCGAUACCAUUGCGAAGCGCCUUAUGAGCAACGAGGGCAAGGUCGGCACCCUGUCGCAGCUCAACACGGUCAUCUUCAAGGACAAGGCCAGCGCCCCGCUCGCGAGGAAAUUCGUCUCGCUGUUCCCCGGUCUCGGGUACGCCGCCGGCUACAAGGUGCUGCAGCGGAUAUACAAGUACGGCGGCCAGCCCGUGGCCCGCGACUUCCUCAACACCCACUACGGCAAGGACUUCGAAAGCGCCUUCGGCAAGAAGACGGGCAAGGCCAUUUUGCACUCGACCGCCGGAAGUCUAAUCGGCAUUGGCGAGAUCAUUCUUCUACCGCUCGACGUCCUCAAGAUCAAGCGCCAGACCAACCCGGAGGCCUUCCGUGGCCGGGGCGUUUUCAAGAUUAUCAAGGACGAGGGUUUCGGGCUGUACCGCGGCUGGGGUUGGACGGCGGCGAGAAACGCCCCGGGAUCGUUCGCACUCUUCGGCGGCUCGGCCUUCGCCAAAGAAUUCCUCUUCAAGCUGCAGGACUACAACAAGGCAAGCUGGUACCAAAACUUUGUCGCUUCCAUCGCGGGCGCUUCGGCGUCCCUGGUCGUCUCGGCCCCGCUCGACGUCAUCAAGACGCGCAUCCAGAACCGCAACUUUGAGAACCCCGAGAGCGGCUUCCGCAUCCUGACCAACAUGGCCCGGAACGAGGGCGCCACGGCCUUCUUCAAGGGACUCGUUCCCAAGCUCCUGAUGACCGGCCCCAAGCUCGUCUUCUCCUUCUGGCUUGCGCAGACAUUAAUCCCAGCUUUUGACUCAGCCUUUGCUAGGAAGUGAGCUGUCGGGAUCAGUCACAGAUAUCAGCAGCAGCAGCAGCAGCAGCCAUGGCAGAUGAGCAACGAAACUGGGUUAAAAGAGAGAGUUUCUGCCACCUUGGGGCAGACACAGUGUACAGUAACAUCCAGGCGAAAGACGUGUGGUGGUCGGAAGUGACAUAUUGUUUUCGGCGUUGUGGGCGGGAAACAAACGAACCGUCAAACGCAGCGACGGCCGGCGGGUGGAUGGAUAGAGAGCUCGUUAUGGUGUUGCUGGCGGCGUAUUUGAUUAGCAACCGGAGCGAGCGAGGGACUUGCGUCGAUCGGCUUUGUUAAGAUAUUGGAAAAGCUAGACCGGUUUUAUUAUUAGAUUAGAGUAUUCUCUUCUCCCCA